CGAGCUAGCUACCGAUAAGAGAGCUGAGGAGAAAACGGGACGCGGGCGAUAGUCGACAGGAGGCGAAUAUCAAAAAGAAAGAGUGGAGAGAGAGAAGCUAAGCGAGGAGUCUUUGAGGCCAAUGUCAAAGGGGGAGCCGUCUCGAGACUGAUAUUACGAAGGCCGAGGUAUAUCACAAGUGCCACGAAGAAACCGCGUAUGCCUCCGGUUAGCGCGUCUCAGAAGUUAUCGGGAGCUCAUAGAAGCCAACAUUCACACUCCGACACAAUUUACCUUCUCUCUUCGCCUCCACCCCACACGGUGUGCGGAGAUAAGCACGUCACGACAAUUCGCCGCUCGAGGUAUCUCCCGCAAGAACCCCUCGGUGGGCCGGCCACGCUUCAGCAAGACGGGACGACGCUACGCUGUGGUUACAACGUCGAGAACCCGGAGGCGAAUAAGGCGUCUCCGAAACCAGUAGCUGGAAGAGUGUCGGGGCUCCAAUGAAACCUCCUCUCAGAACGCAGUUCACCAUCAUAGCCCGGACGGACGAUGCUCAUGGAGGUUACGCGGAACCAUAUGGGCCCCGCCACGGCCGUCGGUGCAAUCUUCCGACCGCAGAGGCAGCGACGGCAGCAAAAUAAACAAACGCCCGACGCGAAGCCCGCAAGGCUGGCUGUAGCAGUGGCGGCGUGGCACCGUAAAAAAGGCAACCGCAAACCGCCAACGCCGCACCGCUCCGGGGUCGCACGUGGACCGGAGCUGCAACCACCGCAGUCCUGGUGGCUACAACCGCUUCACAGGGCUCAGUCGCAGGUCACACCACGACGAUGGCUGCAGUGACCGCCACAGCGGUAGACUUUCUUCUAGCCUUCGUUGUUCUUGGGUUCUCAAUCGUUGGGGCGCACAUAGAAGCCGCCGGUGAGCCGUGGACUGCAUCUAUAACGCCGGAGCUGCUUCUCGCCGAUCGCGUCAGGCUUGGACUCGACGGACCUAACUGUACGGACCGGUGCAGUGCGACGGACAAGCCGAGAAUGUGCAAGUGUCGCUCUCCCGAGCAGUGCUCGCAGUCGGGCGACUGCUGCGCCGACCGUUUCAUCGGGGAGGUUCCCAGGCCGAGGAUCGCCUGCGUUCCCGCAGUUUCCGACCGGGAACUGACGGCCGUCGUCCGCUGUCCCGAAGCGUGGACACCGGCUGAUGCGAGGGACAACGACACGCGAGCGCGGUGCGAGAGUGCGAACCCGCGCCACUUCAACCUCACGUACCUGGACGAUCUGCCGGUGCUGAGCCGCCUCACCGGGACACUGUACAGGAACGUGUACUGCGCCUCCUGCAACGGCGACACCAGAGACCUGCGCAGCUGGACUCUCGUCGUGCACUGCACCCCCAAAGAGCUGUCUGAGGCUCUCCAAAAUGGCACCGCCAUCGUAACGGGAUAUCACUGGAGAACGCGCAAGAUGACCGUUCAGUGGGAAGGUGCCACCGUAAAAAGCCCAAGCUGCACGGUGGCGAUCAAGGAAUUGGUCGACAAAACGGACGAAUACGUCAUCCGCGAACUGAAAGUUACUCCAUGCACCCAGGUUCCUCUGGUCAAGACUUGCCCCAGUAGCUACAACAUUGCGGAGGUAAUUCAAAAGUGCCGCAGCUACACGAGUGUGCUAGAGGACCGCGUUAACUUGCGCAUGUACAAAAAUCUCCACUGCGCCAUCUGCAACAAACGCAAUCCAAACAACCUGAGCUGUAGCUUCAAGGCCCUGCUGGGACCAGCAGUCCGGGAUUACUCGGGCGCCUCCUAUGCCGUCGUCAUGGACUUCAGCAACUGGCAGGCGUCAGUCUUGUCGGCGGCGCCUUCGAAGAACGUCUGUGGCCGCGACGAGAUUCACGAACCGGUGUCGAACCGCUGCGUGCGAUCCGCCUGCCCUACGGACGUCUGCGUUCGCCGCGACGAUUGCCAGUGGACUCGCCUACGACGCGACCAAGUCGUUGUGCGUGACAACUCGACCCUCCUUCCGAACUCCGGCUCUGAAGAGGAGCUGAGGCCGGACCGCUGGCACAUGGACGGGCCGGACUCCGUGAUGGCCUGCAUUUCUCUCGAACAGGGGGACCGCAACGCGGCUCUCAGGCCAGAGGGCUUCGAGAACGUUCUGUCCACCGCCUUGCUUUUAUUCUCGGUGUUGUGUCUCGUGCUUCACGUGGUAGCGUACGUACUGGUCCCAAAGCUUCGAACCGGUCCUUCUCGGCUGGUGCUGUGCCUGGCGAUCUCCGUACUCUUGGCGCAAGGUAGUUUCGUGGCCGGCGGACUAUUCUUCGAGUCCGGCUCGGUGUUGUGCCAUGCGUUCGCCGUUGUGUCCCAUGGCACUCACCUCGCCGCUUUCUUUUGGAUGAACGUCAUGGCAAUGGACGUGCAACGAACGUUUCGCAGAGGCGUGAGCGGUAGUUCCCGCGCUGCCAGCCGUUUCUGGUCGUACUCGGUGUACGCGUGGCUCGCGCCGGCGCUGCUCGUGGCGGCGGCGUCGACGCUGCAGUAUCUCAAGCCGGACUCCGGGUGGAGCCCUUCGUACGGCCUGCCCUACUGCUGGAUAAAUCGGCCGCUCAGCCUGAUCGCCUUUUUCGGGGCACCCGUGCUCGUGUUGCUGCUCGCCAACACCGUAUUCUUCCUCCUGACAGCACGUAGCAUUCACCUCACCACUAAACAGACCAAGGUGGCCAGAAGGUCAGCGUCCACUGCAGGAGCCAGCGGGGAGCGAGGUCGCCUGGCACUCUACGCAAAGCUGGCAGUGGUGUUCGGACUGACGUGGGUGUUUGGUUUUGCGGCUGCUUUGACCGGAGUGCAGGCACUCUGGUACCCGUUCAUCGUGCUGUGCAGUCUACAGGGAGCAUUCAUAUUCCUCGCGUUCACCUUCAAGAGGAGCGUCCUGCGGAUGGUACGCGAACGGCUGUGUGGCAGCGAGUUUGAUCGCCGGCGUCGUCCCCGAAGCACUUCGACCACGCUCACGGCACUGCACUCUACAUUAUCCGCUUCGUCAUCGGCACUCGCAUCAGUCGCCACCGGAAGAGCGAUGCCGGCGCAGACAGCGAGUCCCAAGGGCGUUCAGAAGCCGCUGCUGCGCCGCACGUAGGUCGUGGGUACUUCUAACGCAGAGUCGCGCAUUGUCCAUCUCCACAAAGUAUCUGUGCACAUGCGUGAACGUACGUGGCACACAGGAUACUUGGGUUGCGGAAAUUAUAGGUGGAGGUGAAUGAGAUGCUUGGAGAAGGUGACUGGCCCAACAUCGUCAGCAUGCCGGAACACCAUCCUCGGCAUGCCGCUGGACAUCCAUCAUCGACGCUGUGGCACUAGGCCGAGCCUUCACCGCAGACUAGUGCACGUUUUCAAAACGAUGGAAUCUUGACAAGAAAAAGUCCAUCGAUUCGUCGUAUUGUGCGCUGCUAGUACAUGGCUUCCGGGAUUGCGCGUUAUCAGAUCACUGUACCCAAACCCCCUGGCCACCGCAAUGAAGCGGUCAACACUCCUGCUGCCUUCUGUCCGGUUAUGAUACAAUGCUUGUUUUGGCAUGCUUCGAUAAUCGCUUUGAUUGAGUAUUACCUACAUAUGCAUAAGUUUGAGAAGGGUAACACAGCAGAUGGCGCUACAGGGCCAUUUCGUUGAUAUGGUCGAAAACGUCACCGUUAUCGUGACUGUAACUGAACUGUCUCUUGCGUCCUAUCUAUGUAACAUGCGCAAGGCCAUCGAAAAGGAGAAAAAAAAUAGAAGGGAACGUUAGUGAACGGACUGUAUGUGUUCUACGCUUUUGUGCUUGUGUAUGUACACAUCAUAAAAAAAUACCGAUAUCCAAAGCUUUGGAGCAGUAACACAGAAAACUUGACCUGUUCUUUCAACGUCGAAUAGAUAAAGAUGGUUUCAGACGUUCGCAACGACUAGGCAUCCGAAGAGUAUAAGAUAACGCCAUACGUUGGCGACACUGCUUGCACUUUUUAAGGCCUUUUUCGGUAUGUGGCAUUUUCAAAAUAGGUUUAAUGAGACAGUAGUAUUUUCAAGCUGGAAGCAGGAUAACCUACCAUGGUCGCUGACUAGAUACGCACGGCAACACGUUGAAGUGGCCCUUUGCAAGUUCACUAAGAAAAAAAAGUAACUUACCGUCACCUACACGUCCUCGAAAGCAACAAGCUGCUUAAUACCUAUGAUUUCAGCGAAGACUCGUCAGCUUCAAACAUCGCGUGCUUAUUGAGGCAGGCAUUAGGGGUUUCUUGUUGUUGUUAUUGUUGUUGAAUAAACAAAACUAAAUAAAUAGUUAUUUUUG